AUGGGUUUAGUAGGUUAUUACCGUGAUUUUGAUGAGGCUUUCUCCAUCAUAGCAACUUCUUUGAUGAAGUUGUUGAGGAAGGAUGUCCCAUUUGUCUGUCUAUUAGCAGAGUUGCAUGUUAAGCCAACCCUAGCCAAUGAGAUUAAGGCUAAGCAGUUACUUGAUUGCUCCUUGCUUACCAUUAUCAAGCAAGUUGAGCAGGGAUCGAGUUUGGAGUAUACUCUUGAUCAUGAUGGUAUCAUGUGCUUCCAUGGUCGUUACUGUGUUUCUAAGGAUGAUGAGUUAAGACAAGUUGACAAGAAUCUCAAGGAGCGUUACAACUGGGUUGGUAUGAAGAAAGAUAUUUCUGAUUAUAUGUGGAAAUGGGAGCCCAUUACGAUGGAUUUCAUGUCUGGGUUACCGUCGACUCCUAAAAAGGAUUUUGUCUGGGUGAUUGUUGAUUGA